UCCGCAUUUAUUGAUAAUUCGAGGCAGCCCAUCGCAAUGCAGACCGGCUCGCCUCUCGAGGCAAGUACGCGACCUGAGCUUUCCAACGAUGAAGCCGACCGCGUUGAAAAAGCUCGCGAUGAAGCAAACAACGAUGGAGCAAACCACGAUGAAGCAGGCAACGAUGAAGCAGACAGCGAUGAAACAGACAGCGACGAAGAAGAAAAUCAAGCGUUCUCUGAAGUUCUGGCUUCUAUACGGCAAGAAAACAUUGUGUCUUUCUGUAUCGAGACUCGCGGGCGUCUCGACCCCUCGUUCAGCAUCGAAUCGAAUCCCUCUCAAGCUCAGAACGCCACUCUCGAGCCAGUAAUAUUUGGCUCUUAUCAUGCUAUUUUUCCGGUGAAAUUUCAUGAUGAAGUGCGCUGGAUUCUUAAGGUCCCUGCCGUGGGAACCAAAAAUCAUUUCGACUCUUCCUCCGCCGCUGCCCUCAGGUCCGAGGCCUCGACCAUGCGUCUGAUCCGAAAAGCCACAUCGAUUCCCCUUCCAGACGUCUUCGCAUUCGACGCCUCUCUUGACAAUGAUCUGGGCGCUCCCUUUAUCCUCAUGAGUUUUGCGGAGGGGGCUUCGGCGUAUGACGUCUGGUUCGACAAGACCAUUGCGCCGGAGGAGAUGCAUGCUCGUAGAACGCAGAUCCUAGAAGAUCUAGCGACGGUCAUGAUACAACUAGAUCAGUUUGCGUUCAAAACUGGCGGCGCGCCGGUCUUUGAUCAAGACGGGACCAUCGCGGAAAUCGGUCCCAUGAGAUGUGUCGACCAUCAGCGCAUGCUUGAACGGUUCGGUAAAGAUGACGAAGACGAAACGCCAUUGUACUACACCGCUGGCCCCUUUGACUCCCCUCGAGCGUUCUACCGGCAGGCUAUAGAUAGAGAAGAGCCUUCCACCCAACCUGUGUACCAAGGAGCCCGGAAACUACUCCAACUAUUUCUCGAUUGGAUUCCUGAUCUCCAAGCCGAGACACCAUUCGUCCUCGCCCAUCCAGACUUCAACUUCCAGAAUAUCCUCGUUUCGCCACAAGGCCAGCUGCAAAGUAUCAUCGACUGGGAUGGUGUUGCAGCUGUACCUCUCAGCAUUGGGAAUAAAUCACUCCCUUCAUUCCUCACGCGGGAUUGGGACCCGGCCAUGUACGCAUGGAACGAAGACAUGGAACGCGGUACUCAACCCGAUGGACUUUGGGAAGAUUCACCAGAAACGCUACAGAAAUAUCGACGGGAGUAUCAAGAGCUGUUUCAAGCGCGCUCUUCAUCUCCAUCUGGGAAUAACCCUUCCAUGACCAAGCUCUCGCUAUAUGUACAGAACUUGGUCAUUGCUGCUGAAGACACGAUGUGUCGAUUUGAAAUCCUUAAAAAGUUUGUAGAGGAAAUCAUGCCAUCUGUUCUCGACAUGGCCGAGGCUGGCGAGAGGGCGACACUCGAGGAAGACUUCAACGUGUUUGAUAUAUCGUCCGGCUUGGCGAAUGGUACUUUGGAGCAGAGAACUACUGACCUCCUCCGAAGAGGGUUCGAAACUCUGCUGAGCUAG